UCCCUGUCCCUAUGGCUUCCCACUUGUGGCUCCCACCAUGGCCUGGAGUUUUGGGUGGAGAUUUUUCAAAUAAAAGCCCUCGGCAUCUCAGGAUGGCACAGUGGUGAGCUCUUAGCUUCACCAGGCUCAUCAAAGCUGCUCCAGGAAGGCCAGAGCCACACCAGAAGACAUGCAGAUCAUCACCACGGCCCUGGUGUGCUUGCUGCUAGCUGGGAUGUGGCCACAAGACGUGGACAGCAAGAGCAUGCAGGUACCCGUCUCCAGAUGUUGCUUCUCAUUUGUGGAGAAAGAGAUUUCCCUGAGGGCAAUCCAGUGUUACAGAAAUACCAGCUCCAGCUGCUCCAAGGAGGGCUUAAUAUUCAAGCUGAAGAGAGGCAAUGAGGUCUGCGCCUUGAACCAGGCUAGAUGGGUUCAGAAUCACAUUAAAAAGCUGAGUCACUGCCUGCCAAAAAGAAAAUGAGCAGAUUUCUUUCCAUUCUGGGCUCUGGAAACCACGUAGCUUCACCUGUCCCGGAAACCCCCAGUCCUAUACCAUUCCUUGUGCCCCGCUUUCGCUGGGUCACAGAGGAUCUGCUUGGUCUUGAUAAGCUAUGUUGUUGCACUUUAUACAUUUAAAUUAUAGAAUUAUCAACCCCCAGCCCUCUGUGUCUCUUGGAUUUCAGAGUGAAAACUUGAUUGGCAUUGAGAGGUG